AUGGAGCAACAAAGACUGUCUGGCCUUAGUAUUGGUAAAGAAAAAUCUAAAAAGUUGGUGCAAAUUUGGAAACUUAUACAAGAUGAUGGUCGUGGAGGAGGAGGAGGCGGUGUUACAAGUGGAGGAGGAGGUGGUGACGAAGGUGGAGGGGGAGGUGGUGACGAAGGUGGAGGGGGAGGUGGUGGCGAAGGUGUGACAAAUGGAGGGGGAGGUGAUGGUGGAGGGGGAGGAGGUGGUGUAAUAAGGGGAGAAGGAGAUGGUGGCGAAGGUGAAAUUGGUGGUGGGAUAGGAUAUAAUGAAGGUGGCGAGUCAGGAGGAAAUAAUGGUGGUGAUUCUAUAGGUGGUAAUAAUGUUGGUGAUUCUAUAGGUGGUAAUAAUGGUGAUGAGAUUGGAGGUGACAAUGGAGGUAAUGUUGUUGGUGGCAGAACUGGUGGUAAGUCAGGAGAUAAUGGUGGUGCUUCUACUGGAGGAGAUAAUGGUGGUGAGACUGGAGGUAACAAUGGAGGUAAUGUUAAGGGUGGAAAUAAUGGUGGUGAGAUAGGAGAUAACGAUGGUGGUGAGUCAGGAGGUGAUAAUGGAGGUAAUGUUGCUGGUGGCAGAACUGGUGGUAAGUCAGGAGAUAAUGGUGGUGCUUCUACUGGAGGAGAUAAUGGUGGUGAGACUGGAGGUAACAAUGGAGGUAAUGUUAAGGGUGGAAAUAAUGGUGGUGAGAUAGGAGAUAACGAUGGUGGUGAGUCAGAAGGUGAUAAUGGUGGUGAGUCUAUAGGUGGUAAUAAUGGUGGUGAGAUAGGAGGUGAUAACGGAGGCAACAAUGAUGGUGUGAUAGGAGGUAACAAUGGUGGUAAAUCAGAAGGUGACUCUAAGGGUGGAAAAAGUGGUGGAGAGACAGGAGGUGGCAAUGGAGCUAACGUUGAAGGUGGGAAUAAUGGUGGUGAGUUAGGAGGUAAAGAUGGUGAUAAGUCAGGAGGUAAUGGUGACUCUAUAGGUGGUAAUAAUGGUGGUGAGACCGGAGGUGACAACGGAGGUAACGUUGAAGGUGGUAACAGUGGUGGUGAGUCAGGAGGUGAUAAUGGUGGUGACUCUAUAGGUGACAAUAAUGGUGGCAAGAAAGAAGGUGACAAUGGUGGUGUAAUAGGAGGUAACAAUGGUGGAAAGUCAGGAGGUGACUCUAAGGGUGAGAAAAAUGGUGGAGAGAUAGGAGGUGAUAAUGGAGGUAAUGUUGAAGGCGGCAUUACUGAUGGUGAAAUAGGAGGAAACACUGGUGGUGAGUCAGGAGGUGACAAUGGUGGUGACUCUAGAGGUGACAAUGGAGGCAAUAUUGUGGGCGGUAACAACGGUGGUGUAAUAGGAGGUAACAAUGGUGAUAAGUCAGGAGGUGACCCUAAGGGUGAAAAAAGUGGUGGAGAGAUGGGAGGUAACAUUGAGGGUGACAAUAAUGGUGGUGAGAUAGGAAGUAAAGAUGGUGAUAAGUCAGGAGCUAAUGGAAACAACGUUGAAGGUGACAAUAAUGGGGGUGAGAUUGGAGGUAAUGAUGGUGAAUCAGAAGGUGGUGGUGUGAUAGGAGGAGGUGGUGGUGGUGGUGUGAUAGGAGGUGGUGGUGGUGUCUUAUGUAUUGGAAGUGGUGGGAUGUAA